CGGUCCCGGGUCAGCGUUCCCCCCUCAUCCCGUCCGUGAGGUUUCAGCCCCUCUGCUGCUGUCCCCCCAUGGGUGGCAUCCUCGGCCUCUUGAACGCUGGUUCGAGAGUCUGUUUCACCUGCAGUGUCAUCCUUCUGUAGCUCACAUUAAACAACGUUUGGUCUUUAAAGCUCUUAUCAGUGAAUGUCAAAACCGUGCAUUUGUGGUGCUGUUGCUAUGUUCACAGGCAAGGCAAAUUGCCCUUACUAUGCCAAAGCUGAACUCCUGCUUGACUGUCUCCAGACUAACUUGCCCAACUUCAAGGUUCACAAGAUUACKCAGCACCCUGACAAGUGGGAGCAGUGGCUUCAUGACAUUUGUGAAACAAAUGGAUGGGAACACAGUCAGUCUCCUAUCAUUUGGAGAGAACUGCUGGACCGUGGAGGGAAGGGUCAGCUUCUGGGAGGACUUAAAGAUUUUCUGGAAUAUGCUCAGAAAUAUUAUGGCAUCACUUCAAUGAUGCUGAGUGAGGAAAUGUCAGACAUUGCUGAGGAGAACCUGCAGGCACAUCUUGAAAUUGUACAAGAGGAUGAAGAGAUUAAAAGUCUUAUCAAGCCUUUGCASAUCUGGAUCACCAGUGCAUCAGCUCCAAUCUGUUAUCAUCUCAUCCCUCUGUUGGCAAAUGGAGAAGUGUUUGGGAUGACCACAGAAAUCAGUAUCCAUUUGUUUGACACGGACCAGUUUAAGCAAAUUCUUUGUGGCAUUGUAAUGGAAGCUGAAGACAUGGCAUUCCCRCUUCUCCGCAGUAUUUCAGAGCACACAGAAAUAGAUCAGGCUUUUAUUGAAGCUGAUAUUAUCAUUGUUCUUGAUGAUGUCCUCUUAAACCUUGAAGUCCAACCCCUUGAGAACUACAUCAGAGAAGUGAAUGAGAUCUGCCAAGUGUAUGCUCCCUUGAUUGAGAAGAAUGCCAAGAGUGACGUCAAAGUAAUUACAGCAGGGAAAACCUUUGCAAACCUUAAGGCAAUAAUGAUUAGGACAUAUGGCCCAUCCAUUAGGCCUGAAAAUAUCAUUGCCAUUGCAACAUCCUGGGAAAGUGCAGCUAAAGCCAUGCUGGCCAAGAAGCUGAAUGCAAACAUAGCAGGAGUUAAAGAUGUGAUUGUUUGGGGAAAUAUUACUGGCUCUAACUACAUUGAUUUGUCACAUGCAAAACUUUAUGGAUAUGACUGUGCUAUUUGGGGACCCCCUACUUAUCCACGUUCUUUGUUGAAUAUGAUUCGUGAUAGUGAAUGGAUCCAUUCAGAAAUCCUAUCUGCACAGAGUACACUGAGUUCCCAGGUGUCUCAUUGUACAGGAAUGUUGCCUGCUCAUGCAGUAGCCACUGUACUGCAGUACUGGUACCAUGACUCUCCUUCUGAUGAGAUCGUUUCUGUGGGAAUACUUAGUGAAGGUCAGUUUUGCAUUCCUGAAGAAAUUAUCUUCUCUAUGCCAGUGAGGUUCCAGAAUGGUAACUGGGAAGUCAUCACAGAAUUAGAAAUUAAUGAAACGACCCAAAAAGUUCUAGAACGUUUAUCCCACGAGCUGGUUCAGGAAAAGCUCGUUGCACUAAAGGAAAUAGAAGAAAUGCGUCCAUAUGAAGCAGAAUAAAAUCUCCACAUCUCCCAAGUGUUUCUGUGCUGCUUUUCCUAUUUAACUUGCUUUUCAAGUUCUCUGCCCUCAUUCAUCAGAAUAAGAACAGAUGAACAUGGAAGCAUGUUUUAGUUUUGUUUUUUCACUUUUUCUCUAUUCUCAGCUUGUGAAAUUCCUGCACUUUUCCAAUGUCCUUGCCAUUUCUUUUUAUUUUUCAUUCCUGCAGAUCUUUUCCCUAGUUUGUUUUCUUUGUCCCUUCCUUCAAUUUCUUUCCAGUGCUUUUAUAUCAGCCCUUUCUGUACUAUGAGCUGUUUUUCUCUAUUAAGGGCAGGCUGAAGAAUGAGGAAACCAUUUGGACCUUGAUGCCCAGAGCUUCUAGUGAGCUCAUAAGCCUUUUGGCUAUCCAUGCUUGUUUCUUGGGAAAGGACUACAGACACAAUAAGAUAUUCUUGAUGAAUGCAGAAUUUAAUUAUUCAGCUAAUCAUGACCUUGUUUAAGCCAGACAGGAUUUUUCCAAUUAGGUAAGAGUGUCCUUCCCUGUCUGCUCUCCACUUGUGUGGAGCUGCUGUUAUGCAGAGCUGUCCCAUUCCUCUUGUGUCAGCAUUAAACACUAAGCAGAGGCUUUCCCACUGCUAGCAGAAUUUUGCUUGGUUGUGUCUUCUCUUGUGAUAUCAGUAUCAGGUGUUCAAGUAUUCCUGAAGUGCCCUGCUUAUCUCCUUGCAUGUGGAAAUGUUUUAGGAGGCUAGCAA